AUGGCAACUGCCGACGCAGGAUUAGGUUCUGGAUUGCGUCCAGGUUUGGAAGGGACAGGGUUAGAGCUAGCGGUAGGUUCGGAGGGGCAGGGAUGGCGGCGGUCGGUGGCAGUAAUGGAGGCGGUUCGGCAGCUGGAGGCCAUGAUGCGCGAACCGGCCGCUGUGCUCGAUAGCAUGAAGGACAAGCUGUCUCUCGAGGAUCUCGAGAUUCUCAUCGCCUACUUCGCCCAACAGGGCCGCGACAUGUGGCAGGCGCUCGAGGUCUACGAUUGGAUGGUCCGCGGUAACCGCGUGGAGCGCCGAACGCGGCGCCUCAUCCACGUCAUCAUGGACCAGCGCCUCGGGCAGCUGCUACAGGAAGGCUGCCCGACGGAAAAAGUUUUGCGGCUGGUGGGCAGGAUGGUGGAUCUUGGGCUGCCCCCGGAUUUCCCGCUGAAAAGAAUGGUGGGGGAGGAGCUGUGGGAUAGAGGGGCGGUGGCGGAAGUUGUGAAGCUUCUGCGAAUGUUCCGGAACGAGGAGGAAAGUGCGCGGAAGGAGCAGGGGGUGGUGGCUGGAGUGAGAGUUGUGGGUUGGAAUGAGAGCGAGGAGGAAGAGGAAGAGGAGGAAGAGGAAGAGGAAGAGAAAGAGGAGGGGGAAGAUGAGGAAGGAGAAGAAUGGGAAGAAAGUGAGGUGGGGAGUGUGUGGAGUGGGUUAAGUGAGGAUGAUGUGGAAACUGGUAGUGGUGGGCAGAAAGAUGGGGAGGCGAGGCCAUCUGACUGCGCAACUCAAGCGCCGCAGAGGGUGAGUGCCCCGUUGAGCGCGCGGCAGGAGAUUCAGGAGCGGCUGAAGCUGCAGCUGCUCGUGCGAGCGAGCGAUCGUGGGAUCACUGCCAGCAGCAGCGGCAGCAGCGGCAGCAGCGGCGGCAGCGGCAGGAGCGGCGACAGUAGCAGCACCAGCGGUGGCAGCAAUGAGGAGAUUGUUAUACAGAGAAUACGGGGUCCAGGGGUGGGCACGGGAGCAGCAGAGUCAAGGAGGCAAGAUGGGCGAUUGUCAGGAGUGGAAAGGAGUGGGGUGCGUUCUGAAGAACAUCAGAGCAGCAGAGCAGGAAGUACCGAGGACAGCAGCAGAGGAGUAAGCUCAGGUGGGGUAACUGAGGCGAGGGGAGGGCAGGAGCAGGGGAAGAGGCCGGGAGGCAGAGAGUCAAAGUCAAGAGAGGCAGAAGCAGAGAGGGAGGGGGAUGGAGCAGCAGCAGUGGCAGCAGCAGAGGCAGCAGCAGAGAUGGCAGCAGAGGCGGUGGGGGAUGAAGCGGCAAUAAGAGCAGCAGAGGAGAGGGAGGAUCUGGUGGGGCUGCUGCUGCUGCGAGCUGUUAGCGCCGGGCAGUACCGGCAGGUGCUGCCGCUGCCGCGCAUGCUGAGAGAAGCCGGGGUGGAGAUGGGCGUGGGGGGGUUCAGUGCGGUGCUGACCAGUGCUGUGAAGGAGCAGGAGAAGCUGAGUGUGGCGCGGAGGGAGCUGAGGGACCUGCAGCAGAUGGGCGUGGUGGGGCAGCUGUCUCCUCUGGACGGGCUUCUGCUGGAGGUUCAUGGGGCGACGCUGAGGCACGAGGCAGAGCAAGUGGUGCAGUGGUGUGCAGAGGAGUGCGAGGGCGACCUGCAGAGGCUUAGAGAGGCGGCUCGGGAGCGAGAAAGGCAGCGGGAGGAGCGGCUCGCAGUGCUUAGACGGGCGGGCAGGGGGGGAUACGAGGUGAAGGGGCGAGAGACACAGCUGUACCAGCAAGUAGCAGAAGAUGGGGAGGGAAGUAGCAGGCCAAGAGGAGCACAGGCGAGUAGCAGCUUCUGUGGAGUAGUUAGCGGGCAGUCACCUCCCGGGAAGUUGAGUGGGGGAAACAUUAGGGAAGAGGAGGAGGGACAUAGAAUAGGUUCGCAGGAGCGUGAUGAGUCCUGGUUGCUGCUGGACUUGCAUAGUAGCAGGGGAGGAGAGGUGGAGGAGGGGGUUGGGAGCGAACGGACGCAUGAUGAGAGGGUUGAAUUGGAAGAGCAACGAGGGACGCAGAGAGUAGAGAAGGAGAGGGAGAGGGAGAGGGUAGGGGAUUGGGAGCAGCGGUUGUUAAUAGCAGGGGAGCUCGCAGCAGCACAGGCGCAGGAAGAAGGGGAAGCACACUCAGCCACGAAUCUGAGGCAGCACGAGGGGGAAGAGCAAAGACUAGAGGAGGAGAGGGUGACUGGGAGGGGGAGGGUACUUGAAGCAAGCCAAACCUCACCUGGAGAAGGGAAGGAGCUAGAUCUUAUGAGAAGGGUGCAAUGGUCAGAAAAGGAGAGGGAGAGGGAAAUUCAGAGGCUAGAGCGGGAGAGGGAAAGAGACCUGUGGGUGCUGCAAGCGGGGGAGGUGGCAGCAGCGCAGGCGCAGGCGGGCAUGCAGGGGAAGCUGGUUACUCUCUGGUUCAACGCGGGCCACCCCGAGCAGGCGGAGCGUGCGCUGUGGGGCGUGGUGGAGAAGGGUGGGCUCGUGUCUGGGGAUCUGGCGGCCAGUGUUGCGGGGCUGUAUGCUUACUGUGGCGACCACAUAGCACUGAACAGCUUCAUACAACGGUUGGAGGCGCUGGGAAGUCCCCUGGACGAGUGGGCGUAUGCGCUCAUGGUGGGGGGUGCGCUCAAGGGCGGGCACGUGGACGUGGCUGCAUUCACUGUGAGGGAGAUGGUGCGAAGGGGCAUGCAGCCCAACGCACAGCAACUGGCACUCGUACUGCGGAGGUUACAGCGUGGUGAUGCGGGAGUGGAAGCCUAUCUGGGGCUGUGUGCGGCCCUGGCGGACGUGGGGCUGCUGGAGCCCACCCUCGUGUUCCUCUAUGUGGACCUGCUGCGCCUCUGCAUCCUGCGCAUGCUAUAG